AUGAAGACGGCCGGAAUGCUGGCUGCGGCUACAGCUGCGGCAGCGUCUGUUGUCGAAUUGCCAGUCCGCAUCAAAGACACCUAUUGUACGGCAGAGGUAUCUGUCGGCACACCUCCUAAACCCUACCGCCUGCUCUUCGACACCGGCUCCUCGACCUCCUGGUUCACAUCUACAGCCUGCACGGCCACCUCCUGCCCCUACCUGGCAUCAUACAACCGGACUCUCUACUCCGCCAACGCCUCUUCAACGUCCACAGAUCUGCACUCCUUCUCCCGCAUCUCCUACGUCGACGGCGACGGCGUUGCAGGCGCCGCCACCCGCGACGUCUUCUCCGCCCCCGACGGCAGCUUCGAGUGGAACCAAACCUUUCUCUCAGCAAACGAGAGCUCAUGGCGCUGGAUCACUGCCGACGGCUACCUGGGUCUGGGCUUCAGCAGCAUUGCCGAGAACGCCACAACCACGCUCGUUGAGACGCUGCUCUGGGACGGCCAGCUCGACGAGCCGCGCUUCUCGCUCUUCUACGGCACCAACCUCGAAAACAACGGAACCCAGAACGGCGUCCUGACCAUUGGCGGCAGCCACGAGGACAAGUACGUCGACGGCGAGAUUGUCUACGCGCCGCUCAAGACGGAAGACCCGCACCAGCUCUGGCGCGCGCCCCUGCGCAGCGUCAACAUCCUCGUCGCCGGCCAGGCAAACUCGACCGUCAUCACAAACACAGGCUCUCUGCCCCACACCACCGACGCAAACGGCACCUUCCCGCAAGCCAACACCACGUGGCAAAUUGGCAGCUCCGGCAUCGCCGUCUUCGACACGGGCGCCGGCCGCGUCUCGGUGCCCUCGAGCAUCAUCGACGUCGUGUACUACAACCUCGGCUGGAACUUUACCAAGCUGCUGCACGGCGAGGAGCGCAUCGAGUGCCAGCACCUCAACGCCUCGUGGGCGCUGACGUUUACCCUCGGCGAGGACGACGACACCGCCAAGGACGUGUCCUUUAGCAUCCGCGGCGACGAGUUCAUCGAGCCCGGCUCAGAGUGCAUGCCGCCCAUCGACACCAGCGACCAGGGCAACUUUGCCCUCGUCGGCUCGCCCUUCCUGCAGCGCUACUACACCAUCUGGGACUUUGGCGCCGACAAGGUCGCCGACUACGCGCCCAAGAUCGGCUUCGGCAAGCUCAAGAAGGAGUGGGAUUACCUGUACCAGUAG